UAUGGAUUGAUGCAGGGACACAGAUCUUCUUCUCUUAUGCGAUCUGUUUGGGAGCGAUGACGUCACUGGGAAGCUAUAACAAGUACAAGUAUAACUGUUACCGGGACUGUAUGCUCCUCGGAUGUCUGAACAGCGGUACCAGUUUUGUUUCGGGCUUUGCGAUAUUUUCCAUCCUUGGCUUCAUGGCUCAAGAACAAGGGGUGGACAUAGCGGAUGUGGCUGAGUCAGUUUGUGGAAGUUGAAGGGCAGAUUACUUCUCUGGUAGAUCUUUACCCAUCCUUCCUAAGGAAGGGUUACAGACGGGAAAUCUUCAUAGCUAUAACAUGCACACUCAGCUACCUACUCGGCUUGACCAUGGUAACUGAAGGUGGGUUGUAUGUGUUCCAGCUGUUUGACUACUAUGCAGCCAGCGGCAUGUGCCUUCUCUGGGUGGCAUUCUUUGAAUGUAUUGCAAUAGCCUGGGUGUAUGGAGCUGAUGAUUUCUACGAUGCAAUUGAAGACAUGAUUGGCUACAGGCCUGGCAUAUGGAUGAAGUGGAGCUGGACAAUAAUCACUCCGCUGCUGUGUAUGGCUUGUUUUAUCUUCUCUCUCGCCAAGUACACGCCAUUGACCUACAACAAAGUCUACAAGUUCCCUGACUGGGCGGAAGGGUUGGGUUGGAUGUUGGCCCUCUCCUCCAUGAUAUGCAUCCCUCUGGUGGUGGUUGUCAAGAUUAUUCAGUCAGAUGGGCCAAUAAUUGAGCGGAUUAAGAUGCUGACUGCACCAAAGGGAGAAGGAAGGAAACCAAAAGACGUAGCGUUGGAUGCUGAGGCCACAGUUCCACUCAGUCCCAAUGGGCUUGCAGGAAGUGAUGUUGGGAAGCCCACUCAGAUAAUUAUAGAAACUGCGAUGUAAGCUCUCUAUGAGAGACUCAAAUUGUGCUUUUUUUUUGAUGUGAACUCCAGCCUUUUCAGGACCAUAUAACCCCAUUCACCUAAAGUAGUGCUUACUCUAGACUUUUGUCUGAACUGAAUGGUUAAUCCCUCCAGAGAACGCA